AGAUUCAUAUACUACGACGGUCUUUACAUGCCUUGCGAUCUUCGAAGACGGAUGCUGUGUGUACGUGCGCGCGCGUUCAGUGCCGAAAAACCGUGUUAACCUCGUUUGACCUACUGUGAUUUCAAAACUAACUUUUUCUUACAAUUAUUAGUCUCAAAUGAAAAAAUUUCGAUUUUAGUAUUCGUUAUAGUUGAUAUAAUCGAUUAUUAUAUAGUUUGUUGUUGAUUUUUUUCAAAUUUAACCUAACUUUUAAUAUCAAAUUAUAUAGUAUUCAUAGUACAAGUCUAUUAUUCCGAAAUGAUAAUUAAUCUUAACAAUUCCUCGUGAUAAAAUCAAAUAUUUACCGAAAAAAAAAAAUCUUUUUUAAUUUAUCUUCCGUUGUGUUACGAAUUGUUUGCUAACAAAAAACGACAUGGUUGCUGUGCAAAAAGUACCGGACGAAAAUAAAUUUAAACUUUUGACUAAAAUCGUAUCAACGCCGUCAAUCAGCGACUGUUUAUACGAAAAACCCAAACCUCACUUGUUGUUGGUGACUACGGUGUCGUUGUCUAAGAAAAAUGCAGAGGCACGGUUAUGGGCGAAAAGACAAGCCAGAGCGGAAGCGAGAGAGAUACGCAUGCGCGAAUUGGAAAGGCAACAAAAAGAACAAGAAGAAAACGCCGACAGACAAUUCGAUAUGUUAGCUUCCGAACCGACUUCCUUGGUGAGGACUCCAAGGAGUGCCGGUACUCGGUAUCUGUCAAGUCGAAGGAGCUCCGAAGAUUCGUUGGAAGACGGCGGAAGCUUAAGAGAUUUAAGGCACGAAUUGAAAGAGGUCGAAGAAAAAUUCCGGAAAGCCAUGAUAGCAAAUGCGCAGCUAGACAACGACAAAACUGCGCAGACGUAUCAAUUAGAACUGUUAAAAGAUAGAUUGGAAGAAUUGGAGGAAGAUCAUUCGCAAUUAAAAAGGGAACACAGAGAUAAAUGUCGUGAAUAUCAAACGUUAAAAAGUUUAUGCACUAAAUUGAAAGAUGAUUUAGUACUGACGAGGUACGAACUUGAGGAACGGGAUCGACUGAUAACCGAUAAGGGAUUAGUGAUAGUAGGAGAAGAACUCCCACCGGACGAAGAUGGUACCCAGCAUCCCCCGAAGAAAGCAUUAGUCAGCGUCGAAAAUGCCCAUCUAUUAGAAACGGCCGGUGAUGGAAGUUUGGAUGUUCGAUUAUCGAGAUUCCUGAAGGAGAAAACUGAACUUCAGGAUCAAAUUAGCCAUUUAAAACUAGAAUUAGAAGAAGAGAAAAAUAAGAGAAGGAAACCGAGUUCGAGUGGAAUUUUGAACGGACCCUCUUCGGAUUAUGACUUCGAUGAUAUACAAAGAGAAGCCAGUAAACAAUUAUCCGAUUGGAAAUUUAGGGCUCAGAAAGCGGAACAGGAUGUGGCGACGUUGCAAGCUACUGUAGCCCGAUUAGAAAGUCAAGUAAUUAGGUAUAAAACAGCUGCUGAAAUUUCGGAACAAUCCGAAGAGGCUCUUAAAGCUGAAAAAAGGAAACUUCAACGAGAGGCAAGAGAUGCUCUUAGUCGAGCCGAAGAAUUGGAAACUUCAAAUACCCAUUUAUUAAAGAGAUUAGAUAAAUUAAAAAAUGCAAAAUCGGCCUUACUCAAAGAACUAUAGUUGACCCUACUUAUUUAGGUAUUAUAAUUUAAUUUUAUAGAAAAAUACCCGUCGCAGUUUUGCUUUUUUUAGUUUUACAAAAAUCGAAACGUAAUUUAAUCGGAAUACAGUUUCCGUGUGUAAAAAUAAGUUUCGGAUAAUUUAUUAGAAAUUGUGUCAAUAUUGUCUGUAUUUAAUUGUUAAUUUAAUUAAUAUUACCUAGCACUAGGUGUUGAAAAAUCUUAAUUUUCCAAAAAAAUAGAAUUUUUUCAUAAUUCGAACCAUAAUCAAGUUGCAAUGGAAUGGGCUCUCAUAUAUCAAGGUUAAUAAACAUUAUUUUAACAUUACUAAAAUCAAAAUGUCUUUAAAUUAUAUUUUAAACCGUCACUCUUGUUUCCUUAAUAUUUUUUGUAAAUAUUUUUAAUUUUACGUGACCUCAGGAUUUAAAUUGUCCAUUUAAAAAUUUUAUUACAUAUUUUUUGUUACCGCUGCUUCUUUUUUUGUACUUUUAAUAAUAGUACAAUUGAACUACUGGUAUGUAUUUCUGUAAUAGCCGUUUCAUAGUUAUAACUUCUAAAAAAAAAUUAGAGAAAGCUGCAUUUAAUACAAAAAAUGAUUUUAUGAUCAAAAUGCCUUUUCAAAAGAUAUGUUAAAUCAUCAUUUUUGUUUUUAUUACUCCCUGCUUCUUUUUUUGUGUACUGAUUGUGCUUUUGUUGAUGGAACAAUUGAACUACUGGAACAAUCUAUAGUUGAAAUCGUUGAAAAAUUUAAAGAAAACUGUUUCUAGUACAACUAAUUUUCUUAUUUCAACACAAAUAUAACUAAAAAUGAUUUUUUAUCAUCAAAAUAUCUUUUUAAAUGAUAUGUUAAAUCAUUACUUUUAUUUUUAUUACCCCCUGCUUCUUUUUUGUGCUUUUGUUAAUGGUACAAUUGAACUACUAGAACAUAUUUCUAUAAUUUCCAAUCCAUAGUUAAAACCGUUGACAAAUUUGAGGAAAACUGCUUCUAGUACAACUAAUUUUCUUAUUUCAACACAACUAAAGCUAAAAAUGAUUUUUUCAUUAUCAAAAUAUAUUUUAAAAUGAUAUUUUACAUCAUAAUUCUUGUUUUUGUUACCCACUGCUUCUUUUUUUGUGUAUCGAUUGUGCUUUUGCUAAUGGUACAAGUGAACUACUGGAACAUAUUUCUAUAAUUUCCAAUCCAUAGUGAACCGUUGAAAACUUUGAGGAAACUACUAAUGAGAUGAACAAAACCCUUAUUUGAACAUCCUCAUCACCUUAACGACCCUAAGAUAACUUUGAUAAAAGAGUUUCAUGAUAUGCUAAAGUUUCAUUUAUUGUAUUGGAUAUUCAAAUAGAAGUUUCCCUACAUCAUAAGACAAAUUUUAUUCACCGAUAAUAAUAAUUACUCAUUCUUAGUGUUAAACAGCUUUCACACUCAAUCAGGAUAAUUUAUAUCCUUAAUUUAUGCCCAAAAGUAUUACGCAAACUAAAUUUUAUAAAAUCGUAUUUUUUUUAUAUAUAUUGUGCUUCAUAUAGAGAUACCAAAAAAAAUUAGUGAAUAAUAUGCUUUUUUUUAUAAAUGGCUCAAUAAAAAAAUUAAAACAAGCUCAAUGUGAUUGACCAAAAUCUAGACUCAACGUUCAAUAUUUUAAAUACGUAACUUUCAUCCCUUUGAUACUAGUCUAGAAAUUGAUCGGUUAACUAGCAGUUUAGUGAAAUUUUUUUUAAAAAUAUCCAAAAUAAUGCCGUUUAGUCGAAAAUCAAAAAAGGUUGUACUAUUUUUUUUAUUUCUAAUAUUCUAACAGUAAACGCAAGUAACGCUUCAAAGAAUUUUAUGUACAUAUGAAAUAUGUGAUUUUUGUGUAUACAUCUAUAAUCGUUUUGGUAAAAGGUAAUUUAAAAAAAUAUAUAAACUAAUUUAUA